ACCAAGAAGAAGCUUUGGAUAGAGGCUUGGUUGAAGAUGAAUCCUUUUCAUGCGAGCCGUUGAUGUGUGAGAGAUUAGAUGAACGGCAAGAACUCAGAUGCAUCACACCAAAUGAAUCAAAAUCCAACUUUGAUGAGGUUCGGUGGGUGAUUCAAAUACGUGAUACUCUUAAUGAAGUGCUUGAAGAUGAUGAUCAAUUUCCUGUGUCCAUCUUCAAUGUGCCUAAGACCCUUAUGGCUACUGAUCCUGAUUCUUAUAUCCCUCAGCAAGUUUCCAUAGGGCCUUAUCAUUGUUGGCGUCAAGAACUGUAUGAGAUGGAGAGAUAUAAAAUUUCUUCAGCAAAAAGAUUCCAAGAACAGCUACAAAACCUCAAGUUAGAACACAUAGUUCACCAGUUGAUGAAGAUAGAAGAGAGGAUAAGAGCAUGCUACCACAGGUACUUAAAUUUUAAUGGCGAAACAUUGAUGUGGAUGAUGGCUAUUGAUGCCUCCUUUUUGCUUGAGUUUCUUCAAGUGUAUACCAUUCAAGAUGAAACAAUGAUGAUUCCAGGAGUUUCAUCAAGAAUGUCUCAUUUGAUGGAUUAUGCUGGGAGGAGAAUUGCUCAUAAUGAAAUCUUGAAGGACAUAGUAAUGCUUGAAAACCAAAUUCCACUGUUUGUGCUGAGAAAGAUGUUGGAGUUCAAAUUCUCAUCAACAGAAUUAGCAGAUGAGAUGUUGCUUUCCAUGUUGAUAGGAUUGUUUAAACAACUUUCUCCUUUCAAGGUGAUAGAGAAGGAUUGUUCAGAGAUCAAUGUCUCCGAGUGUGCACAUUUGCUAGAUUUUUUGUAUUCUAUGGUUGUGCCUAAAUUGGAUGAACAAUCAGAUGUUAUCCAGUUAGAGGAUCAUCAACACAAAGAUAAUGAAGACAACGAAGAAUCAUUCUUGAACUAUGCCAAGAAAUUUCUUUGUGAGGUUUGGAGCUUUCUUUCCAAAUUGGCCUCAACUUUAGUAAACUUAAUUAAGAAAUUCCCAAACUGUAGAACCAUGAAAGUUAUCACUUGGUUGCCUUGGACUAUAAUUUCUAACCUUCCUGGAGUAGGACUUAUAAAGCAACCUGUUGAAUACUUAUUUUUCUCCGAAGAAAAAGAAGCCAGAACUGCAGAAAAUGGGAAUUUAAGCUCAGAUAAUGACACCAACAAACCACCCUUGAUGGAGGAAAUUGCUAUUCCUUCCGUCACGGAGCUCUCAAAGGCUGGGGUUUGUUUCAUGGCCACCAAUGGAGACAUAUCAACCAUUGGAUUUGAUGCAGAAACAGUAACACUGUACCUUCCAACAAUUGGUUUAGACGUAAACAGUGAAGUGAUACUGAGAAACUUAGUUGCUUAUGAAGCAUCAACUGCAUCAGGGUCACUGGUUUUCACCCGUUACACAGAAUUGAUGAAUGGGAUUAUAGACUACGAAGAAGAUGCGAAGAUUCUUAGAGAAAAAGGGGUUAUUUUGAACCAUUUGAAGAGUGAUGAAGAGGUGGCUACCCUGUGGAAUGGGAUGACCAAGUCCAUUAAAUUGACAAGGGUGCCAUUCCUGGAUAAAGUCAUUGAAGAUGUUAACCAGCAUUAUAAUGGUAAAAUGUGUAUCAAAGUUUUGAAAUUCAUGAAGCUUUAUGUAUUUGCUUCAUGGCAAUUUCUAAUAUUCCUUGCUGCCAUCUUUCUCUUAUUGUUGAUGUCCUUGCAAGUAUUCUGCUCUUUCUAUAAAUGCAAUCGCAGAAACCGCGUCACUGAGACUAAAUGAAUCACUUAAGGAAAUUAUAUUUUCCUUGUUCAAUAUUUUAAUGUCUUCUACCUUUUACAGAAACAGCAGGAAAAUUUUUAGCAUUGUCAAAUUAAGUCAUAUCAGUGGUUUAUACUUAAUUGAAUGACAAGCAUAUAUAGAUAAAUUCCUUGCUGGGAUCCUUUUUGGUUAAAAGUUAGCACAAAUAUACCCUUUUAUGUAUGAAUUCCCCCUAGUCUAUCCUUUUUUUCGUACAACCUUAACCAUUAAUUAAGGCAUAACCAUCCAAUUAUUUCUUUGAUAACAUUAUUACCAUGUAAUAUAAAAAUAUACUCAGGAAUCUUGAAAUGUUCUUCCACUCUGGUCUUCUCUUCUGGCUUUUUGCAAAUAGAAUUUGAAAUAUUUAUAAACAUAUUCAAAUAAAAAUACAAAUGU